ACAAAACGGGAGCGUUCUGCAUCGUCAAUAUUGUAAAAAAACUGCGGGUUUUGGUGAGUAGGAACAAAGAAUGUCGAAUUCAGCAUGUCGAAAACUAUAGAAUACCGUUCAUAAAAUUUAGCACCGCGAUGGUGGCUCCCAAUAUUCCAGACGAAAUUAUUGCAACUAUUAUGAAUAUUAUCGCUCAACUACCACGAAAAGAUGCAAAUGUGUCGUGAAAGCGUCUUGAAAGCAUAUGAAACUCAGAAAGCAGCGAAGAGUGAACUGGACAGGCCUCAAGUUUGUUUCCUGGCAACGGACUAAAUAUUCCACUUUGUUAUUUGAUCUUUUGGGAUUGAUCGUUAAAUCCACCGAGCAAAGUGUGAACAAGCCCAAUGAAUAUGAGAAUUCUUGGCCGUCGUAAACUGCGCAGUUUAUUGAUGAUCAUUUUCCUGUUCAUCCUCGCCAGUGCUAUAAUAGAAAUAGUGUUCAUUUCAUCUCAAAAGCUUACGAACCCUGGGAAUUUCUUGAAACAUGUUGUCGAACAAUUAUCUACAGAAAUAUCAAACUCCACUCAAGUUCCAAACAGUAACUUGGCUUCAGCAUGUUUAUCAAGGAACAUCUUGGAUAAUAAUGAAGUUAAACUUCAUAGCAACAGGUCAUCUGAUAAACAAUAUACUCUAACCAUUGGCAUCUCUACAAUUACUCGUGACAAUGGAAACAUAUAUCUCAUGGACACUCUGAGUAGUCUUACCGUGGACCAAACUAUUGGAAAUGUAAUUCAUUAUUUGAGCAUGAUGGAAAUACAUCAUCGCUUAAAAGCAAAUCUCAACCGACAAAAGAACCCUACUUUGACUAAUACUCUCAAAAAUAUCUUGGUCUUAACCCCCCUGCCAUGAUCAUAAAAACUAACCUCAUACCAAAAAUGCAAACAAAGAUAGACUUUGCAUACAACCAAGGUGCUAAGUAUUUCUAGGGCACAUAAAGGUAACGUUGUGCAAUUUUUUCUCAAAUUAUUCAGUGUUUUUUUGCUAAAAUAGCAAACAAAUUGAUUACUUUAAAAGACCAAACUAAUUUCAACAUCAAAUGGCAAUAAAUCUUAAGACAGGGCAAAUUUAUUUGAUCUUUUCCUUUGCUAUAAACAUUAUUGAUGCUGUAAGAUGACAUCAUGUGCGCGCAACUUAAACAUAUUAAAGAUUUUUCAUCUACACUUUAUGUAAGUGUGAUGAUUUUCUCGGGCAAACUAUGUCGAAUUCUGUCCACAUGUUUCACUUAUUUCUGUCUGCAGAGCUGCAGUUAGAGAGCUACGUCCUGUCUUUGUACUUAUUCUCAUUGCUUUAUGGAUAUACAAAUAGGACAACUGAAAACAGCAUAUGGACAAAAUAAUUGACUUUUUGGAGGAGACGCCAUAACUUUGCGUUAAAUUUUUCUGACCAUGAUUGUCAUCCGUAUUUCCGUUUUCUGGCUUUUACGUUUCAAUUCAAAUGAAUAUUUGUUGACUAUACUGACAGUUAAACGUCGUAUGAUAACAAAAAACUCUAAAGACAAUACUUUCACUUCACUUAUAAACUGUUUUUGCGGUUAUAAUAUUUGAAAGAAUCCAAAUGAAGCUCGAAGGAGUCUUAUUUAACACAUAAAUGCCCCUUUAUUUCACAGAAUUUUAUCUGUUGAGAUCCUAAAAGCUAGCUAGCUAUAUUCCACACGCCCUUUUUCAGACAACUGUCUAAUUGACGUAAUGAAUGGCGAACAUCCAUUCGUCUGGGAUGCAUUUCGCAUGUUGCAUAGACAUCUAAAAAUGCAUUGAGUUUAAAAGCAUGGAAAAAUUUUCAACUUGCUCUUCGUAUUUAAAUUUUUCACAGGUUAUUAUUCGGAAACUCUUUGGUAAUGAUAAAUAUGCAGUUGAAUUCUUGUUAUUUAUACUGAUCUUUUUGCAUGAUGUAUGACUAAUGAAUUUAUAUGUCAAACUUAAUUCAACUUAAAUGAAAAUUUAUGUGAAUAUCAAUUAAACAAUUCUUAAACAUGA